GUGGAUCCGGUUGAGGCGGGUCAUAUGAAAUGUCAUCGUCCAAUCAAAGCAGAGGUUGUUGCGUUUGAAAACGUUGGCGGCUGAGCUUGAAGGAGACGGUGGCGUUUUAGUGGGUCAAAAUGCAGAACAAGGAGAAUUAUGACCCAAAAGCACCCCAGAGACAGCUCACCACUCCGGUUUCUCUGGCUGGACCCCAGCGUGUGCUGCGAAAUCCUGGUGCUGAGGUCAGCAGUAAAGCUACGCUCACAGGCCCUGGAAGAGUGGCGAGCAGUGACUCCCAAACCCAGAAAUUCUCUAUCAUGAACUUUGAUAUUGGCCGGCCGCUUGGCAAAGGCAAAUUCGGGAAUGUGUACCUGGCACGGGAGCGGAAUUUGAAAUUCAUCGUGGCUCUGAAGGUGCUGUUCAAGUCUCAGAUGGAGAAGGAGGGGGUGGAACACCAACUUCGGCGAGAGAUCGAGAUCCAGUCCCACCUUAGGCACCCCAACAUCCUACGCUUCUACAAUUACUUCCAUGACCGCACACGUGUGUUCCUUAUCCUGGAGUAUGCCCCACGUGGCGAGAUGUAUAAGGAGCUGCAGCGAUGUGGCCGUUUCGAUGAUCAGCGAACAGCUACGUACAUGGAGGAGUUGUCGGAUGCGCUGCAGUACUGCCACGAGAGGAAGGUCAUCCACCGAGACAUCAAGCCGGAGAACUUGCUGCUGGGCUUCCGGGGCGAGCUCAAGAUUGCAGACUUUGGCUGGUCCGUUCAUGCUCCAUCCAUGCGGAGGCGCACUAUGUGCGGCACACUGGAUUACCUGCCUCCUGAGAUGAUUGAGGGACAUACGCAUGAUGAGAAGGUGGACCUGUGGUGCAUUGGGGUGCUCUGUUACGAAUGCCUGGUGGGGAACCCCCCCUUUGAGAGCGCCAGUCAUGCAGAGACCUACAAACGCAUCACCAAGGUGGACCUGCAGUUCCCCAAGGUGGUGUCAGAAGGUGCACGGGACCUGAUCUCCAGGCUGCUUCGCCACAGCCCUUCUUCUCGGCUUCCACUACAACACGUCACUGAGCACCCCUGGGUGCGGGCCAACUCCCGCCGCGUCCUUCCGCCCGUCUACGACCCCAAGAAGGCAUGAGGGCACACCUACCUUGCAGGGCUAGUGCCCAGCGAUGGGGCUUCUUCAAGGCAUGUGUUGAAGGGACCACUGACACUUGCAGAUCCUCCCAGCUCCCAGCGAGUGGUUGACUUGCUGCUGGAAUCAUUAUAGUAUUUUGAGCUGGAUUUAAACUGUAAUGGGCAAUUGCUCCCACCAGCUGGCUUCCUGUGGUAUUAAGUAUGCUAUCCUAGCUUGUGGCUAGUUAAUCACAUGCCACAGAGAAGCCAAACGGACACCUGUUCUAAAUGUUUUGGAUUGGAUUUGGUUUUUAACUGCUUGUGUGUGUGGUGUGCGCGAGCGUGCGCGUAAUUUGUGCAUUAUGAUUUCUGGUGCGCGUUUCGUUUCUGUCAUGCAUUUCUGUUUUUCUCUCAAAUCUGUCUUGCUUUGUAAAUAAAAGCCAUAAUUCUUGCUUGUAUCUGCCCUUCCGUAACGCAUAAUAAAACAUUUUCGUUAGUUACAA